UUCCCGGGCUAUAAAUAGGGGCCUAGCGGCUGCCCGGCAGCAAGGCGACUACAACAUGGGGUCUCGGAGGGGCCUGGGCCAUGGCUGGGGUGCAGGCUUGCGCUCCGGGGCCGGGGGCGACAGCGAGGAUGAAGGGCCGGUGUGGACGCCAGGGCCGGCCAGCCGGAGUUACCUGCUUAGCGUGCGACCAGAGGCCAGCUUACCAAGCAGCCGGCCGUCCCACCCGGGCCCCGGAAGGAGCACCUUCUGCUCCAUCAUCGCGCAGCUGACGGAGGAGACGCAGCCCGUGUUCCAGACCACGCUCAGAUCCCGGGCAGUGUCCCAGGGCAGCGAUGUCAAGUUCUCCUGCGUCGUCACUGGGUACCCCGAGCCCGAGGUGACUUGGUAUAAGGAUGACGUGGAGCUGGACCGGUACUGUGGGCUGCCCAAGUACGAGAUCACACGUCAGGGCAACUGUCACACACUGCAGCUCUAUAGGUGCGAAGAGGAAGAUGCAGCCAUCUACCAGGCCUCCGCCCACAACACCAAGGGCAUCGUGUCCUGCUCCGGGGUCCUGGAGGUGGGUCCCAUGACCGAGUACAAGAUCCACCAGCGCUGGUUUGCCAGAUUAAAGCGCAAGGCCGUGGCCAAGAUGCGGGACGUGGAGCAGAACUGGAAGCAGGGCAAGGGAGCGGCGGGCGAGGCUGACGCCCUGAGGAAGCUCAGCCCCGACCGAUUCCAGCGGAAACGCAGGCUUAGUGGGGCCCAGGCACCCGCCGCCCCCAGCAAGGAGGUGGAGGUCGCGCCCCCCCGGGCCUGGCAGGCUGGGGAGGCUGAACCUGGCCCGCAGCCAAGCCUGGGGCUAUCCCAGAGUGCGGAUCCCGGAGAGCAGCGGACCCCCAAUGGCGAGGCUGCCCCCAAGAACGGCGAGGACAGGGAGCAGAACCUGCUGGGUUACAUCUGUGAGGCCAUGGAGCUGAGUGCCCGUAGGACACCCCCCAAGGGGUCUGGGCCCAAGAAGAAGAAGAAGGACGAGAGGCCUCUGCUGGGAAGGCGGAGCCCCCCGACUAACGAGAACUCGGCCCCCAGUUCGGACAAGCCAGAUGCCCAGGGGCCCCUGGGGACUGUGGUUGCCACAGACGCAGCUCAGCCCCAGCCUAGAGGCAGGACUGCAGGUGGACAGGGCAGCCCUGUGGCAGAGAGUAGCAGGCGGUCAGCACCAGACUCUCCAGGGCAGGCCCUGAGCCCCCCAGCCCCUGCCCCAGCACUGUCCCCACUCUCUACCUCACCCCUACCCCCUGCCCAGGCAUCUGUCCCUGCCCCUGUCCCUCCCCGGGCCUCUACCUCAUCCAUGACCCCCGCCCCCGGCCCUGCCCGGGCACCUGCCCCUGUCCAGACCCCAGUCCCUGACCCUGCCCGGGCAUCUGCCCCUGUACAGACCCCAGCCCCAGCCCCUGUCCAGACCACGAUCCCUGACCCUGCCCGGGCAUCUGCCCCUGUCCAGACCCCAUCCCCUCCCCGGCCACCUGCCCCUGUCCAGACCCCGGCCCCUCCCCGGCCACCUGCCCCUGUCCAGACCCCAGCCCCUGCCCAGAAACCUGCCCCUGUCCAGACCCCGGCCCCUCCUCGGCCACCUGGCCCUGUCCAGACCCCAGCCCCCGCCCAGAAACCUGCCCCUGUCCAGACCCCGGCCCCUCCUCGGCCACCUGGCCCUGUCCAGACCCCGGCCCCUCCUCGGCCACCUGGCCCUGUCCAGACCCCAGCCCCUCCUCGGCCACCUGGCCCUGUCCAGACCCCGGCCCCCGCCCAGAAACCUGCCCCUGUCCAGACCCCGGCCCCCGCCCAGAAACCUGCCCCUGUCCAGACCCCAUCCCCUCCCCGGCCACCUGCCCCUGUCCAGACCCCGGCCCCUGCCCAGAAACCUGCCCCUGUCCAGACCCCGGCCCCUGCCCAGAAACCUGCCCCUGUCCAGACCCCGGCCCCUGCCCAGAAACCUGCCCCUGUCCAGACCCCAUCCCCUCCCCGGCCACCUGCCCCUGUCCAGACCCCGGCCCCCGCCCAGAAACCUGCCCCUGUCCAGACCCCGGCCCCUGCCCAGAAACCUGCCCCUGUCCAGACCCCGGCCCCUGCCCAGAAACCUGCCCCUGUCCAGAAACCUGCCCCUGUCCAGACCCCAGCCCCUGCCCGGGCAUCUACCUCACCCCUCCGUCCUAUCCCUGCCCCAGUCCCAGUUUCUGUCUCAGCUCUCAUCCCUGCCAGGGCCCCAGCCCCGGCCCCAGGCCCAGACGUGUAUUUCUCCCUGAAGGACUUGUAUGCAGAAAGCACCCAGACACCUGGGCCUCAGAGGGAAGAGGAUCCCCAGUCCUGGGGGGUCCCAGGGAAGGCCCCCAGCCCUCGCACAAGCGGCCCCGGGCAGCCCACACCCUCCCUGGUCCCUGAGGCCCCGAGGCCCUUCAACAGGAAGAGGUUCGCCCCUCCGAAGGCCAAAGGGGAUCCUAAUGCUCCACCAAUCCAAGCUCCGGACCCCACAGCCCAGAGCUCAGAGAAGACGCAGCUGUCACAGGCUCCUGCCCCCAGCCCGACGCCCCCAGCCCGGCGCAGAGCCGGGGCUCCCGGAGAGGUCCCCAACGCCCCAGCUACUCUGCCUCCUUCUCCACUGGGCAACCCUCGGGCAGAGCGGGAUCCCGCUGGCCGAGGCAUGCCUGCUAGUCGGGUCCCCACAGAGCCCGUGGACACAGCGGCCCAGGGGGAAAAGUCGACGUGCGCCGACCGCAUGGCUAGUGACCGGUGGAAUGCACAGGUGGAAUGGGGGCCACGGGGAGAGCGGAGGACCACGGUGGACGAGGCCGCUGGAGAGAGAGGAAGGCCUGAGCCUGACCAGAACUCCCUGGAGGACGUGGUGGCCCAGGAAAGGCCGGGGACAUGGGCAGAAAGGACUCAGGAAGAUGGAAGGAUGCAGGAUGAGAGGAGGCAGGAAGGAGAGAAUUUGCCCACAACCAUGGAUGGUCAGCUAGAGAAGGGGUCAGUGAGUGGCCUCAGCCCACAGCCCCUAGCCCCUGAGCCACUCCCUUCAGAGGGGUCUCCUCUGAAGACCGAGCCCCCCGGGUUGACGCCUCAAGCGUCUGCUGCCGCUAGUCCUGGAUCUGAGGAGGCCGAGACCCCUGCCUCUGGGAAGCAGCGGGCAGCAUGUCCAGACCCGGCCACUGGUACCCGCACACGCCCCCGACAGUGGCCACCCGAAGAUGGCCCGGAAUCACCAGGAGGGGCAGCGCAGCUGGAUGGCGGCCUGACCCUCCCCGGGCCACUGGAGCAGCCGCCUGGGGAGCCGCCAUGCGUGGGAGCAGCCGGCUGUCCCCCAGCUGUCCUCAGCGCAGGGGUGUCCGGCCCCAGCAGCUGCCCACAGGAGGGGCCACCCAGCGCAGCAGCUCCUCCGCCCCUGCAGGCCGCCCCCCAGCAGGGUCAGUCGGGGGACGCCCCGGCACCUAGCAGGCACGGGCACGCACCACGCCCCCAGAGCUGUGACCCAGGGCUCAUCGACUCCCUGAAGAACUACUUACUGCUCCUGCUGCAGCUGUCUGGUGCCGAGCCCGGCGUGGAGGUGGCUGGCCUGAGCCCCCGCACGUCCCGCCGUCUCCUGCAGCAGGCGGGGAGCGACCACCUGGUGCAGAGCGCGCAGACCCUGCCCCUCAGCCCCUGCACCUCCCGCCGCCUCACGGGGCUCCUGGAGCGGGAGGCGCAGGCCCUGGAUGAGGCUGCCCGAGGCCCCAACCCCGGCCUCUCCGUCCCCGCCAUUGUGGUGGGCGAGGAGAGCCCUGGGCAGGAGACGCCUGAGCCUGUGGACAGAGGCCUGCAGGAGCCCCUCCCUGCAGAGGGCAGCAGCCCGGAGCCCCCCCAGGGGCAGGCACAGGCGAGCCCAGAGGAAGCCCCCACGGGCCUCCCUGGAGCGACGCCUCAGGAACUGGCUCUGGGGGCUCGGAGGAAGCGAUUCCUCCCCAAGGCCAGAGUGGCAGGGGAGGACAGGGACAGCCCCACAGUGUCCCCCCGGGGGUCCAGGAAGGGCCUGGCGCCUGGCUCUCCAGGGCGGGAGAGGCGGUCCCCCACCCAGGCCCGGCGGGCCAGCCUGCUGGAGGUGCCGCGGGCUGAGGAGGAGCCGGCAGAAGUGGGCACAGAGGCCGCCCCUGAGGAGGCCAAGCAGGACGGCCCCGCCAAGCCCAGCAGAGCCGCAGACCCACUGAAAGCCCCGCAGGUGAUCCGGAAGAUCCGGGUGGAGGCCUUUGCAGACGCUUCUGGCAGUUUGAAGCUCUGGUGUCAGUUUUUCAACCUCCUCAGCGACUCGGUGCUGACCUGGACCAAGGACCAGCGCCCAGUGGGCGAGGCGGGCAGGAGUGCAGGGGAUGAGGGGCCUGCGGCCCUGGCCAUCGUGCGGGCGUCGAACGUGGACUGCGGCGUGUACCACUGUGAGAUCCGGAAUGAGCACGGGGCCGCCUCCACCGACUUCCGCCUCAGCCCUGAGGUCCUGUCUGGCUUCAUCUCCAGAGAAGAAGGCGAAGGUUCGGCGCCCCGAGUGGGAGAAGAGAUCGAGAUGACCCCCAUGGUGUUUGCCAAGGGCCUGGCGGGCUCCGGCUGCUGGGGGGACAAGCUCUUUGGGCGCCUGGUGAGCGAGGAGCUUCCAGGCCGGGGCCGCGGGUGCGGGCUGCGGAAGGCGUCUCGGGCCAAGGUCAUCUACGGGCUGGAGCCUAUCUUCGAAUCAGGCUGCACGUGCAUCAUCAAGGUGUCCAGCCUGCUGGUGUUCGGGCCCAGCAGCGAGACCUCGCUCCUGGGCAGGAACUACGAUGUCACCAUCCAGGGCUGCAAGAUCCAGAACAUGACCCGGGAAUACUGCAAGAUCUUUGCGUCUGAGGCCCGUGCCGUGCCUGGCUUUGGGGAGGUGCCCGAGGUCAUCCCGCUGUACCUCAUCUACCGGCCGGCCAACCACAUCCCCUACGCCACACUGGAGGAGGACCUGGGCCGGCCCCUGGAGGUCCACUGCUCUCGGGAGUGGGGUGGCAGCGACACACCCGGCACCUCUGAGGCCUCACACAAGUGCCAGACUUUCCAGCACUGGCUGCUGCAGUGGACCAACGGCAGCUUCUUGGUCACGGACCUGGCGGGGGUCGGCUGGAAAAUGACGGAUGUGCAGAUUGCCACCAAGCAGGGGGGGUACCAGGGCCUGAAGGAGAGCUGCGCCCCAGCGCUGCUCGACCAGUUCGCCGCCUCCCACCGAUGCAACGCCUUCUGCGCCAUGCUGGGGCUGACGGCCCUCAAGGGUCCCGAGCCGGCCCAUCCCCAGGGCAAGGCCAAGGGCUCCAAGAGCCCAUCUUCGGGCAGGAAGGGCCCCCAGCUGAGCCCCCAGCACCAGCAGAGAGGCCUGGCCAGUCCCCAGGGCACGCGGAGGGCCACCCCCAGCUCCAAGGCCAGCGCUGCGCAGCCCCGAGAUGGGGCCCCCAAGGCCCAGGGCUUGCAGUAGCUCCGCCGAGGGCCUCUGCCCAGCUGCGCCCCAGCGAGGAGCAGACUUGGGGGCUACCCCGGAUCUGGCCUCUCCCGGCGUGGGGGCACCCCCUCCCCCCUUGAAGUUUACACUGGCCAUUGCCGGACAGACGCCCUGGGCCCCUGCCCACACCGGCUGUGCCCCGGGCUGCCUUGACUCACUGCACCUCACUCACUCGGCCCUUCUGUGCCUGGCCCUUCUGUGCAUCUCCCUCUCCCCACCCAGCACACACUCACCUGCUGCCCGCCCCGCAUGCACCCCAGCCUGACCCUCGCCCACACCCCCUGCUCAAGGAGGGCUGGACCCCGCCUCCCUCUCACUGCCCACAUGAGGGCGGCAACACCGGGCUGUGGACUCGGUGGGGGCUGGUGCCCCAGCCCAAAGGGGUGGAAUGCAGCCAGGCGGGCCCCCACCCCAGCCAUGAACUCUGCAUGGGGAGUGUAUGUGUCCCGAUUCUGGGGUGGAUGCCACCCACCCGUGGGUGCAGGGACAGUCCCUAUGUCUGGGGGUUGGAGCCUGCCCUCUGCCCCUGCCCUCUGCCCUCUGCCCUCCUGGCCUUGCUUUUAGGCUUCAGCCCCGGGUCCUUCCCGAGCACCCUCCUGGAAUGGGGGUCUGGAGCCGCCUCCACAGAAUGCAAUAAAGGCAUCAACUUUGCCCCGCUCUCCUUCCUGUGCCGUGCUUGGGGGUGGGCAGAGGUGCAGGCCCCUCUCUGACUGCACCAGGGGCCACAGACAGGGGGAGCAGGAGACGUGGUGCAGCCCCAGCCAGGCAGCCCCAGCUCUGGCCUCAUUUAUUUAUUUAUUCAUUUUUUUUGUUUGUUUUGUUUUUAGGCCACACCGAGCAGUACUCAGGGCUGACUCCUGGCUCUGUGCUCAGGGCUCACUCCUGACCAUGCUCAGGAGACCCCACGGGGUACUGGGGAUCAAACCUGGGUUAGCCAUGUGCAAGACAAGUACCCUCCCCUCUGUGCUAUCACUCCAGCCCAUCUGGCACGGUUCUGGUACAUGGAGUCGCUGGCUUUGUCCCUG